UUUGCUAACAAAAUAUUUACUUCUGUACAGCCGAAUCAAUUGAGCAAACACUCGACCGAAGAAGAAGGAAGAUUGUCGAGUCUAUGCUGAAAAAGGAAACGGAAAUCGCUGCUACUCAGACAGGACUCGCUGGAGUUCCUGUAGUUACGAGGAUCAAAGAAUCUAAAGAGGUUCUAUGCUCAGUUUGUGCCAGGCAAUCGAUAUGUCAUUGGUGCGUAGCAGCUCAAGAAGAAAAAGAUUUGCCGCUUCAAAGUACGAAAUUGCUGCGUACCCGGGACAUAUUAUUGGCAUAUAAUCCGUGUUACGUUGUCGCGACAGUUUCGGAGAAAGCGAAGAAUCCGCAUCUCCAACCGACCGACUUAAUGAAGAAGAAGAUUGAAAGAUUGACCAACGAUCAAUUGUCGACAUCGUGUAGUGUAACAUCUAAGGAAACAGGCGAUGUUGCUAAUAAGACUAUUAAUAUUCUCAUGACUUCGAAGAAAGGCAUUCAAACUCGAGAUUCUAUCAGUGGAUGGGCUCGUAUCAUCGAUAGUACAUUAGCGAAAUCAUGGUCACUAAAAGGAGAUAAUUCUGCUAGUAAUACAACUAGUGUUAGCAUUAUGAGAUCGAGAUCGGCCCCUAAGUCUUACUGUAAGAAAUCAUCACAAUCUGAGAGCGUUCCAAGUUUGCAAGCAACAAAAGCAUUACAAAUAUUGAAGAGCACAUUUUGCACCCGCGAUACUUGUCCCACAAUUACUUUUUUAGCUACACAAGAACAUAAUUUGCUCGAUGAUGACAUAAACGAGGAACAUAUAUCUUGCAACGUAGAUGAUUGCACAUUACUGAACCUAGAUCAAUAUUGUAGGCGAUCUAUUAAUAACCAGAUUUGCGCUAGGCCACGAGUAGAUAAAUUUAGAGUCGUUUCUAUUCGUCCUUUAUCGAAAUCUCAAAGACGGAUAUAA